CCCGCCCCCCGACCGCUGAGCAGCCCCAGGUCGGCGCCAGCGGCCGAAGUCAGUAACAAGGAGCUCAACUCCAACCACGACGGAGCCGACGAGACCUCAGAAAAAGAACAGCAAGAAGCAAUUGAACAUAUUGAUGAAGUACAAAUAAAUAGACUUAACGAACAAGCCAGUGAGGAGAUUUUGAAAGUAGAACAGAAAUAUAACAAACUCCGCCAACCAUUUUUUCAGGAAAGGUCGGAAUUGAUCGCCAAAAUCCCAAAUUUGGGGGGAACAACGUUUGCUAACCAUCCACAAGUGUCUGCACUGCUUGGGGAGGAGAAUGAAGAGGCGCUGCAUUAUUUGACAAGAGUCAAAGUGACAGAAUUUGAAGAUAUUAAAUCCGGUUAUAGAAAAGAUUUUUAUUUUGAUGAAAACCCUUACUUUGAAAAUAAAGUUCUCUCCAAAGAAUUUCGUCUAAAUGAGAGUGGUGAUCCAUCUUCAAAGUCCACUGAAAUCAAAUGGAAAUCCGGAAAGGAUCUGACAAAACGUUCAAGUCAAACGCAGAAUAAAGCCAGCAGGAAGAGACAGCAUGAGGAACCAGAAAGCUUCUUCACCUGGUUUACUGAUCAUUCUGAUGCAGGUGCAGAUGAGUUAGGAGAGGUCAUCAAAGGUGAUAUUUGGCCAAAUCCAUUACAGUACUACUUGGUUCCGGACAUGGAUGAUGAGGAAGUGGGAGGAGAAGAAGAUGAUGAUGAUGAUGAAAAGGAAGAAGGAUUGGAAGAUAUUGAUGAAGAAGGGGAUGAGGAUGAAGGUGAAGAAGAUGAAGAUGAUGAGGAGGGGGAGGAAGGAGAGGAAGAUGAAGGAGAAGAUGACGAAUGGAACAUUAAUGGAUUCCAACCUUCCUUUUUAAAUUUUCUCCAGUCCCUGGGAGCAAGUUGCAGUCUUUUCUUUUUUUCUCCUCCUCUUGUCCUCAGUCGCCCUGUUUUUCAGAAACUUUAUGGAAUCAACACCACCAUGCUCUGUGGGAAAAAAGAAAAACCUUCUCCCUUAGCUCUGCUGGAAGCUGCAGGGGGCUAG